CGAGUAACCUGCCGAACAAAAGGCCUGGAGCCACAAAACCAAGGGGAUGAACCAGAUAAAAGCCAAAAGCCUUCGAUAAAUUAUAGAUCUCGUCGGUAUACGAGUAAUCGACUACGUACUGGACUCAAGGUCUAGAGUCCUUGGUGGGGACUGUUCUUUUCCAGCGGUUUCAUGGACUGCAAAAGGUGUCAGCUGGAUAUCGGAAAGCGGUAAAGACAACAAAUUCUAGUUGUCUUAACCAGUUUACAGAAGAAGAAGAGAAAGAAGAAGAAGAAGAAUGGGCUGGACGAAGAAGCAAUUCGUCUUGGCUCUGGUGAUGGUGAUCACCGGAUCCAUUAACACUUUGUCUGCCAAAUGGGCGGAUAAGAUCAAAUCCAAGAAUUCUUUCGGAGACGUUGUGGAAUUUUCCCAUCCGUUUUUCCAGGCCGAUACCAUGUUCAUCGGAGAAAUGCUUUGUCUUGCGACUUUUUACGCUAACCUGGCCCUCAGACGACGCCGAAAUCUGCAUACGACGGAACUGGCUUUGGACACAGCAACGACGUCGGAGUUCCCCAAGUGGAUAUUCUGGGCCCCCGCAGUUUGCGACAUGACAGCAACAUCCCUCAUGUUCGUGGGUCUGAUCUUCACUUAUGCCAGUUCUUUUCAGAUGCUCAGAGGAGCCGUGAUUGUCUUCACCGGCCUGAUGUCGGUGGCGUUCCUCAACCGCCGCCUGAGGUACUACCAGUGGAUGGGCAUCGGAUUCGUCAUCCUGGGGUUGGUCCUCGUAGGACUUUCGGACUUCCUUAACUCCAGCGACAACAGCCAGCAGGAUAUCAACGGUAUUAUCACAGGUGAUCUGCUGAUCGUGAUGGCGCAGAUAGUGACCGCCUUGCAGAUGGUCCUCGAGGAGAAAUUCAUAAUGAAAUACAAUGUUCCUCCUCUCCAGGUGGUCGGUUAUGAAGGUAUCUUCGGUUUCUUGACCUUGUCCGUACUCCUGAUCCCUAUGUACUACAUACCCGGUGGAAUGUUCAGCUCCAACGAAAGGGGAGUCCUGGAAGACACCCCAGACGCUUUCGUUCAGAUAAAAAACAAUCCUCUUUUAAUACUCGCCAUCCUACUGAACAUUACCAGCAUCGCCUUCUUCAACUUCGCCGGCGUGAGCGUCACGAAGGAGCUUUCUGCCACGACCAGGAUGGUGCUGGACUCCGUCAGGACGCUCGUCAUUUGGCUGUUCUCCAUAGCUGUUCAGUGGCAGGCGUUCCAAUACCUCCAGCCUAUAGGUUUCCUGAUCCUGGUCAUCGGAAUGAUGCUCUAUAACGACGUCCUCAUCAUGCCAUUUUUGAGGAGGCUGGUCAACAUUACUGACAGAGUGCCGGAAGGAGCUCCUAUACUCAGUGGCACCGUGGAACCAAACCAAGACGUGACUGGGAAAAGAGAGAUCGACCCUUUUUAAAGAAGAAUUACUCAGAAGAAAAACCAAGUGAUCUGAUGACGUCAUAGUUCCUACGCUCAUAUUUGUUCCGUUGUGUGUUCCGGUAAUGAUUUCUUCCCCUUCCCUGUCUCUGUAAAUUAUUAUGUAUCUUUUUGAAUGAAUAAUGGAGGCAUAAUAUCGUCCAAUUAUAAUUCUUUGAGGCUUCCUUACAAUGUAUGUUGUUCCGAUUAUUUUUUUUAGAUAACUAUGUUGGAAUCCAGGAUAUAAUACAAUAAUACACAACAAUCAUAAUGAAA